AUGGCGAGCCAUCCAUCUCCCGGCCAGCCUGGUGGUGCUGCAGCCAACUACAAGCGUGCAAGUCGCAGAGGUGCUCCUCGGCGGUUCGUCUGCGAACACCCGGGUUGCGACAAGUUAUACUCGAGAGCAGAGCAUCUCCAGAGGCACCAGUUGAACCACAAUCCCAAAGAAAUCUUCAUUUGCGAUAUCCCUGGUUGCGAUCAGAAGUUUGUCCGCCUUGAUCUGCUGUCGCGUCACAAGAAGCGUCACUCAUCAUCGUACAUCCCUCGAAAUCGCGCGCCCAGCUUCGCCUCUGCCGCAUCUGGCAACCAAUCCGGCCCGGCUGUGUCAUCUCCGACUUCAGGCGCACCACCACGGCCAGCAUUUCCUCAGCCUUCAACAAGCGGUCCUCAUGAUGCCGCCAUCCUGCUUACUCCCGACUCUGCUACGCCCACGCCGACAACGGGUGCAUCAAACCCGUCCCUUGCUCAGCAUGUCAAUAGGAUCAGCCAACCUACCACAUGGCCGUCCAUCGAUGAUAUGGCUGUCGAGAUGAUGCGACCGAAGCCCGCUUACUACGGACGCGAUCAGAUGACCCUCCCCGAGGCACCGCCUCUUAUGCCGUCGUUUGACCCGAGAGGAUUCCAGCCCGACGAGGCACUUUCACGAGAGAACUUUGCCGUCUGGCUAUUUGACUCUCAAGCAAGCUUCAGCGACUUUAAUGGAGUCGCCAACCUUCCCUUCCUCGAAGGUGGCCUUGAAUCAACUUUCAACAACAACAUACCCUAUGACUACGAGUCACUGACGAGUCGUUCACAGCUUGAUCCGACGCCACCUCGGCAAGUUGAAGUUAGUGACGAACUCAUCAGUGAGCACCGGCGGCAGGAGGUCCUGAGGUGGUUGAAGGUCUUCCGACACAAGCAGCCCAAGUACGAACCGCGUAUAGUCAGUCUUGUACAGGAGAGCAACGGAGACUUACCUGCUCUGAGUCUCGAGAUGAUGAGAGAUUGUUUACAAGAAUAUUGGAAGAGGAUCUCGCCACGCUUGCCGAUCGUUCAUCAGCCAACAUUUUCUUCGAACCGCUGCUCCAUCUUCUUGCUACUCGUGAUGAUUGCUUUGGGAGCUGUGUCAUUGAGCAGCAGAGACUCAACUGGCAACUUGGAACCGUACGGGGGGCUGGCAGACGUGAUUAUUUCCAGCAGCCGAUGGGAAAUUCUCACUCACGAGGAAGCUUCGGCGCCGGUGGGCCUGUCCAUAGCUCAAGCAAUGCUGUUGCUCGAGUUCUACGAGAAGAUAUUCUCUUCCAGACGCAUGCACGAGAGAUCGCAUAUAUACCACUCGGCUCUGUUGAAUCUUCUUAGGAGAGGAAGCCCUCUGAUUGGACGAGCAGGAAGCGAAACGCCCCCAGAGGAAGAAGCCCCGGCGCUGAACGAAGGACCCUCUUCAGACUCAAGAACAUGGUGGAUUCGAUGGGCCGAGAGCGAAUCCAUGCAUCGCGUCGUUUUUGCGGCCUUCAUGAUGGACACUGUCCAUGCAGCCAUGUUCGGCCACAACGCCGAUAUGGCUCCGCACGAGAUACGACUACCUCUACCAUGCGACGAUGGCUUGUGGACAGCCGCGACCCCGAAUGUCUUCCGACAACUCGACGGGAACUACAGAAUGUACGGCAUCAAGCAGGUAUCCUUCCUCGAUGGAUUGAAAAGUGCUUUACACGGGCAGGAAGUCAAGACACACACUUUUGGACGCAUGAUUAUCAUGUCGGGGCUGCUCAGUGUGGGAUGGCAUCUGUCCCGUCGAGAGUCUCACCUCAAGUGGCUUGACCUGCGCACACCCAGCACGGAAACCCAUGAUAGCUGGAAAAAGAUACUUUUCCGCGCUUUCGACGAGUGGAAAGAGUCCUUUGACAGCGCUGUUGGUGCGAACGAUCUUUCCGAAGGGCUAGGACAGCCAUCAAGCUCCAAUGGGCCCAUCCACUCGGCCGCUGUUCUCUACCACCUAGCCCAUAUCAGUCUUCACGUUGACAUCGUCGAUUGUCAGGUAUAUGCCGGCGCAAAACGAUUGGUCGGUCGCAAAGUCUCAACUCGCGAUCAUGCCAAUGCUGUUGCAAGAAUGAGGACCUGGUCGAAUGCACCAUCCACUCGACACGCCGUUCUGCAUGCUUUCAGACUACUCUACCGGGUUCUUGUAGACCACAAAAACCCAAAACGGCGGACGAGUAGCUUCGGCGCUUUGCCUGAACCGGUUUCUGUUUACUACUCCUGCCGCAGCGAGCCGGAUCCUCAUCGGCCGUGGAUCAUGUACUAUGCGGUCUUGACAAUAUGGUCUUUUGUACAGGCUCUGGGCAUCCCUAACAGGAAUACGCCCCUGGGAAGGUAUAGCGAAAUUGCUCGUUACCUGGCCUACUUCUCGAAUUUGGAAGAGUUGAACGAAGAGGCCACGAGGGACCUUAACGAGAGGUUGCCGGAACUAUUGGACCUGCUCGAGACAAGCUUUAAGCAGUCGCACUCGGAGCUCCUCAGGGAGGCCAGUGAAAGGCUCAAACUUUGCCGCGAGAUGUUAGUAUGA